CAACAACUGGAUAACAUGAAAAUGGUUCGAUGAAGAAGGAUAUUCCAUUGUUAGACCUCACCAAACAAACAGUUCAACUUCAUGGUUACAUCUUCCGAAAAGGACGAUAUGCUUGGCAGUGCGACGUCUCGACCUGAGAACAUCAGUCUCGUUGCUCCCAAAGAACGAAUAGAUUACACUUUGGUGGAGGAGAUGUUUUCAAGGCUCGCUACAGACGAUGAGUUUGAAAGAAGAGAGGUUGUCCACGAAAUCUCCUCUCACAUCCUAGAAAUGGCCAAGUCUGAGCUCCAUAGUGUAAAGUUGUUCUUGAGUACGAUACUGCGGUUAGCGCACAGAGCCCCUUUUACUGAAAUAUCUGACGGCAUGAAGGACCUUCUCGGUAAUCUUGAGUCGCUUGGUCUUCAAGUUCCAAGGGUGCGCUUCAGGAAGGGUCCUUCGUUCUACAUACCAAAAGACAAAGUACCAAAACUUGACGAUGUCAAAUCAGAGGCAUGGCCGAUGUUCAAAGAUGCGUUCAUGAACGACGCGCGGGUGUCACACAUGGUACAAGUGAUGGGACUACACCCCAAGUACCUCGUUCACUGGAUUCAGACUCACCACCAUUUAAUGAGAGAGUGUAAUGGUGUGUUACCUCGACAUUACCGGGCUUACAUUGCUAUCAUGGCGUCAGCUCGGCACAACUGCCUGUACACAGUGAACCUGUUAGAACGGGAAUUUCUCUGUUUUGGAGGAGAUCAGGAGUGGUUAGAAGGACUGAAGAACGCUCCUAAAAAACUACAAAACCUUACCACAGUCAACAACAUACUUUGUCACAAGCCUUGGGCCCUCACUUCCCAACACAUGCAGGACCUCCUAACGGGUCCAGAUUCGUGGUCCCGACCAGAGUUGACGCAAGCAGUCACCAUUGUGUGUCACAUCCACGCGCUCACUACCUUCGUGUUGGGUUGUGGUCUUACUCACGAGAUAGACAGUAUUGCUGGUCAUAACUACGGGAGUUCGGGCUACUGUACUCCUGUUCAUUCAUACCCAAACUCCCCACAAGUCGACUCGGGAGAUGACGAUUUGCUGGCUGACCCUGAGAACAAUGGUAACCCGAUAAUGUUUGAAGAUAUCUACACAAGACUCCUACAGGAGGACGGUAGCCCUCGUCUGAUACAGGACGUCAAUCAUCAGAUAUUCACAGAUCUUAUCGAGCAGCAAGCCACGAGUUCUGGGGGAUCACGAAGGAAAACAAGCGCGUUAUCUCACUAUAUGAUCGACCCUGAAAUGGAGUACGAGAAAAUAGAAAUGGUGCACGGUAACCAGAGUCAAGCAAAACAAGACCGCGUUUUUGGGGAGGAGUUAGAUUGGGAAGAAAUGGGAUAUCCCUGCUGUAGGAACUUAGACGAAGUUUUGGCUGAUAUCCUGAACAGAAAGUUCGAGAUCAUCCAAGAACUAACCUAUCACACAAUGGGCGGCAAGGAGAACAUUGACACGUCAAAACUUCGAAGUUCCGUGUGGUACUACGUCCACAGACUCUGGGGCAUCUAUUACUACAACGUGGAUUACAGUAUGAUCUCAGAGCUCCUUCCCCCUGGUUUCAGAGACUAUAUUUUUUGCACCACAUGCGUGCCAGAGCAACUUAAGGAGGACAUUUUUAACAAUUGGGAGUCCAAACGUGGGUUCACUCAUUCUGAAAAGGUCCACUUUUGCCUGAUCAUCAUGGAGGCCAGGUUCCAAGCCGAGUACUGCUUCGCUCUCAAAGCCUUAAGUUCAUACUGAAUGCCUUCUACGGAGAUACAUUAAAGAAGUCUAACUCACAUAAGUUUGGUAUUUCACGUGAGGGGUAAAUGAGUAGUGAUACGUUUUGAAGAGAAAAAGAGAUAAAGAAAAUAUGUUUUUUCUUAGAGGUGGUGUUAUGUUGGGUUCAGUGAUAGUAAGUUAAAUCUGUGGUCAGCAGUUAUCUUCACGACACGUGACAAGAUGUCCGGUCACGUGGGGUGACGUCAUGUCACGUGGUAUCCAUAGAAUAUGGGCAUGAGACUAUCUGUCCCGUUAUAUUUGAAUAUUUUGACCACAGAGUUAAAUUGUAUCUGUGGUGUUGUCGAAUAUUUUGUCAAAACGUGAAUAUUGGUGCCCAGUGCAAGUGUGCUUUAGAAUAAAUGUUCAGUUUAAUUCAGUUGCAAGAACCGCACCUCUCCCGGGCAUCGAUUGUGGUAUGCAGUGACUGCGCAACUUUACAAUAGACAAUUCAACACCGACAGUUAUAUUCACGUUCUACGUGUUAAGUCAAGUCGCACGAUUUAUACGAUGAUCUUCAUUGCAGUGCUCUCUCGAAAUAAAGAAUGAUAAUCCUUUAUAGAUAUUAUACUUUUAGUUACGAACAAUGAAAUGUGAUUUUGUCUCUUUGAUUAUAUGAUGUGGAUUGUGGGUUGCUCGUUAUGUUGUGUUUCGAUCUGUGUCGUUUUCGCAGCAGUUAACUUUGUGUAGCUGCACGUGUAAUGUGUGGGAUUGAGAACUGAUGUAAUCAAGAAAAUUUCAGUCAGUCAAUUUAAAGUCUUGGUCCAGUUAGCAAAUUAAACUUGACCUUUUUAAUCGUUUUUACUGUUGUAAUUAUCUUUGGGACCCCCUCAGCAAAUAUGGAUAGAAGAUUUAAUUAGAUUUUUCCCUUUGGCACAAUGCGAGAGAAAUAUAAAUCCAUUCAUUAUUUUGGCAGUUAUAAUAUUCUUCAUCACAAAAUUUCUGACCCAGUCAAAUUAACAACAAAGUCCCAUUAAAUUCAUGACUUGAUCUUUUCCCAUUUUUGUUGCUGGGGGUCUCAUUAAAAUUUGUAAUCGUAACCGACUCUUAUGUAACGAUAAAUAUAUGAGUGUAUCGUGAAAUGAGUUAAACGCGCUUAUAAGAGGUUUCUUUCACUGUUCAAGAAAUUAUCACCAGCUUGCCAUGCAAAGAAUCCUCAACUAAGCGUUGAGGCGAUCUUGAAAGGUUCAUCCUCGAUUAACCUUAAUCCUUUCAAUUUAUCAAUAUGUCAUAUGACAUGUUUUUACAAUAAAAUACUGAUUUGAUCAAGACUAAGCUUGAUCAAGUCAAAUAUUAUUUAAUGUCUGUGGUUAUGUAAAUGUAAACUGUUUUUGUUCGGUCAUGAAACUAAUUUUUGUACGCUAUAAAUAUCGAUAAUUGACAUAGACUUUAUGUGCCGUUUCCGGUUAUUCAGUUAUCUGAGAUUUUAUUUGAAAAAGGUUUGAUUGAAAUAAAACAGCUUAUUUCGCUAGCCUUGGGAACCUAUUAUACAACUUUUUUUUAUUUUACUCAGCGUGAUUUUAAUAUUUGGUCUGAUAAGACAUUUCGAUUGUCCGAUACCCUGUCAGUUGGAAUAUCAGAUUUCCAGCCAUUUUGAAGCAUGCUAGUUUGUAAAAUCACAAAAUUCCCAGAUGUGACUAUUGUAUAUAUAUUUCAUCUCAGAAAGACUCUGUACCCUUGGUACUUGCGUGAAUUACACAUUGUGUGAUAUCUUUGCGAUUUAAUAAAAAUUCAGCACGUUUAAGAUCAUAAUAUUUAUCAUAUAGUAUGAUAUUAUCCGGUUAAGAGGUGGACAGGGUUUCGAUAAUCCGCUUGAUUUAAUUUUUAAAUUGGUUUAAUUAUAUUACGGGGUUUGUAGUUGAGAUUUUUGUUUGAAUUUAAGCCUUGAAAUGCUUUAAAUGUAUGAUAGAGGCGAAGUCAACCGAAAAUACCGAUUUUUUACUUUGAUAUGUUGGUAAUACAUAUUUUGACGUCACCACUGAACAGAAAAAGGCCGCGGCGAUUUCAUUUCCGGAGGUUCUUUCACUUCUGAUUGUGCAUAACAUGAAAAGUGAAAAGAUGGCCAAUUAAGUUCAAUCUAUCUGACAAUUAAUGAUGAUUUAGUAUUCGGUAAAUUUUCACCCCCGGAAAUAAAUAUCUGCGGUUCCCGUUACCAGUGGAAGCUUUAGUACGGGCAGCGAAAGUAGUACGACCAGUGAACGUAGUGCGAUGAAUUGUCUGGCAUUGUAGGCAUCAGCUCUAUUUUGGGAGUUUGAUGCUCAUUUCGGGAAAGUCUCAACCGUAACUGUUAAUUUUAAUUUUAACGACGAAAAUGUGAUGACCUCACUUUCUGUCGAUUAUUUUGUACGUUGAGACUUUCCCGCGUUGUUACAAAAAUUUCGGACUUGUGAUCUUAACUAAUAUUUGCAGAAAAUUCA